GUGCGAAUCUCUUUACAACCAGUGGUGCAUAAUGCAAACCAUCUGUAUAAAUUGCAAGGCCCUCUUCUUCUAUCAACUCUGGUUGCAAAUCUGAGAAAAACGAUCAGUUCAACGCCGCCGGGAUCUGAACUUCCGGUGAAUUUUCUACUGUCUCAGUCAUAAAUAUUCUCUACUCACAUCUACACACAAAAUUCAAGUUUCGUGUUAGAUUCAUCGGAGAAAGUAGUCCACCGUCGGACAAACUGGGAAAGGGGAGGGUCGCAUGAUGGGAUUUUGUAUAUGUCCGUUAGAGUCUCCGGCGAGAUUGUUGUGGAGUACUAGCUUCUUCCGCCACAAGAUCAUGAUUUUCUAAGAGAUAAUCACAUCGGUUGUAUACGAUCACGUAUAUACUUCAACUCUGAUCUAGGGUUUUUGAUUCUUCAGAAGUUGAUAUAUACAUACAUAUAUAUAGAGAAACCAUUGGAGAUCUCUAAUACUAUUAGUCACAGACAAAUCAAAGCUUUUCAAAUAUGGAAUCUGGUCGUCUUUUUUUCGGUUGCAACAGUAGCAACAUGCUUUUCCUCGGGAACGGGAAUGGAGACAACUACUUUCGCGGAACGAGGAUGGGGUUUAACAUGGAAGAAUCUUCGAAGAAGAGACCAUUUUUGAGCUCAAUCGAUGACAUGUUGGAAGAAGAAUACUACGAUGAACAAUUAACGGAAAAGAAGCGGCGUCUCAGCCCCGAACAGGUCCACAUGCUGGAACAAAGUUUUGAGGAAGACAACAAGCUGGAGCCGGAGAGGAAAACCGAGCUGGCGAAAAAGCUUGGAUUGCAGCCGAGACAGGUGGCUGUUUGGUUCCAGAACCGCCGUGCACGGUGGAAGACAAAGACGCUUGAAAGGGAUUACGAUCGCCUCAAGUCUUCCUACGAUAUUCUCACCUCCGACUUUGACUCCAUGGCCAAGGAAAACGAAAAGCUCAAGGCUGAGGUACACCUACACCUCUAUUCAUCUUUUUCAUACACAUAUGAUCUAUCAUCUAUCUUCAAUUGCAUCUGGGCAUCCAUGGAUUCUAUAAUUUCUGAAACAUCUUAUUUAAAUUAA